AUGUCUGAGGCAAGCGAAAUCCAGCGGCAGCAAUGCCUUGAGCACUUGAAGGGCAUAUUACAACAGCUUCAGUUUGCUGAAACAGCGGCUCGUUCUCUUUUGCAAGGUCUACAGAACGGCCCGGUCUUCAGCGUCCCCGACACUGCCGAGUUUGAUGGCAGCCAUCUUCCUCCUUUGGGACCUGGUACAUCCCUCGCAUAUGUUACUCGUGACAACUACGAGGAAUUUGAGAAGGCAUACCUCCGAGCUGCUGAAGAGAGCGAGGCCGGAGAGAUUUAUUGCAUUAUGGCGACGGCGGACAACAUGCAGGGGCUUACCACAAGGGUAGUCGAUACCUCCUUCAUCCAAAAGGCUGAAGAUAGCAAUCUUCAGAUGUCAGCCGAGGAUGUCACUGGCGCUGGUGACGAGGAGGCGGGAAACGAAGCUCCCAAGAACAAACGGGAGCAAGUUGCAGACUGGUGGUGGUGA